CACAACCGCUGUGAAGGUCAAACUACAACCAACCUCCACGACCGCUCCUCCUGCUUCACUCUGCUGCACUUCACAGCCAUCAAAGGCAGCAGCAAACAAUCCUCAGCCAUCAUCUACAACCACUUUCCAGCAGGGGUGCCGAAACCGCGACGCGAUUCUUUGCGCGCGUGCUCUCGAAGCAGCUCAGGUGAACGACAUUCUGAGAAACCUAGACCCGGCGAUACGAACGACGCUCCGCCACGAAUCUCGACACACCUCCGUCGCCGAUCUAAAUCCUUGCGCACCCGAUAUUGUCGACAGCGACAACCGCCUUCUACUUCUGCCAUGAUCGAGGUGGACUAGUAAGGCCGAUUGGAGCACCACCCACCAGACGGCCUUCGAGGCCGCACGCCUUCCCUUCGCCGCUGAUCCGGUCCGGCGCACAAGAUGGACGCGCUGGAAGCCAAGUUGACCGACGCCUCGUCGGACUUCAAGGCCCAGUAUGCUGCUCUCGCCGAAGUGCGCGAUGGCCUUGAGCAGAUGUGCCAGGCGGCCACCUACUCUGCCUUCCUGCACAAGUUCGUACCCAUUUUUCUGAACAUCCUCGCCGGCUCGCCCGUCUUCACUUCCACGUCAUACGAGCAGCGAUGUCGACAAUGCGUUCUGGACAUCAUUCAUCGCUUCCCACUGUCCACUGACAGUCAGGCUAUGGAGCCGUUCGCUGAGAAAAUUGUCGAUCAGUGCCUGGAGCUGGUGAGGACGGACAACGAGGACAACGCUGUGCUAUGUUUAAAGAUUGUCAUGGAUAUUUGUCGAUACCACACCAAGUCCUCCGCUGUGGUGGAAAAGGCGCAGCCGUUCCUCGACCUGAUCUUGGACAUCUUCGAUGGCAUGGAGCAGACCAUCAAGGACACCUUCGAGUCGACGACACCCAUGCCAGCCACCGGCGCUCCGGGCACUCCGAACAACAGCGGGACCCCAGGCUCUCCUGUGACAUCCACAACACAGGCAUUGACCACCGACGAACCCCAAACCACGAGACAACUGGCCAAGGGCAUGCGCAGUUUCAAGGUUGUGGCUGAAUGUCCCAUCAUCGUGGUCAGCAUAUUUCAGGCACAUCGCGCGCUAGCUCCCAAGAAUGUCGCCAAAUUCACACCUCGGAUCAAGCAGACGCUCAUGCUGCAGGCGGGUCCGCAGCGAAAGGCACAUCAGGAGGCAGAGCAAAAUGGCACCGUCUUCACGGGCGUAGCGCGAGAGAUCAAGGCCAAAGGGCAGUCAGCAGCAUUCGGCGACCUCGUGACUGCACAAGUUAAGACAAUGUCUUUCUUGGCCUACUUAUUGAGGGCCUACUCUCAAUCAUUGCAGGACUUUCUCAGCCAGCUGCCGGAACUUACACUUCGCCUGCUGCGAGAUGUGCCUCGUGCGCAUACUGCGGUGCGCAAGGAACUGCUCGUGGCCAUCCGGCACAUUAUCAACUUCAACUUCCGCGCCGUUUUCCUUCCUGUUAUCCUCCCUCUGCUGGACCCACACACCUUGGUCGGCGAUUCUCUCACUGCAGACAUCACAUUACGACCGCUAGCAUAUACCAUGCUGGCGGACUUGAUACAUCACGUUCGUGAACAGUUGAGCGCAGAGCAGAUAACCAAGGUCGUCCAGGUCUACGUCAGCCACCUCACUGGCGAUGAUGGCGUCGACGUGCCCGGGACAAGCUAUCAGACCAUGAGUGCCAAGCUACUCCUAAACAUGGCUGAGUGCAUGUCAAAAGUGGAGGACAAGAAGAACGCUCGCUUCCUCAUGAUGAGCGUCCUGAAUGGCAUCGCCGACAAAUUCGCUGCAAUGAACCGUGCGUACCCGAAUGCCGUCAAGUUGUACCGACAACAACAGGAGAGCAAUGCUCACAGUACUGAUGCUGCUUCGGACAACCACCUGGCUGACAAGGAUCUGAGGCCUGACUGGGAUGAGACCGACAUUUUUAGUGCUAUGCCCAUCAAGGCGGUCAACCCCAAGGACAGAGCAGCAGACCCAGUCACAGAGAACAAAUUCUUGUUCAAGAACCUUCUACAGGGGCUGAAGCAGUUCUUCUACCAAUUACGAAAUAGCAAUCCGCCGCGUAUCAAGGAGGAGGUGGACAAGGCAAAUGCUCCGCCCCACUGGGCCGAAUUGUCAUCAGGAUUCGAGUCGGAAGAAGUCGAAGUCCUCAUGAAGCUGUUCCGGGAAGGUGCCAAGUGCUUCCAGUACUACGCGCCACUUGACGCGAACGCGGAGAAUACUGGUCCAAACGAGCCCAGCUCAAGCAUGGCUACUACAGCCAAUAGCAAAGAAGAGAAGGAUCUGCUCGAGACCUUCGCGACCAUCUUCCACCACCUCGAUCCUGCCACAUUCCAUGAGAUCUUCACCUCUGGCAAUCCAUCAGGCAUUGAAUUCCUCUACGAACAGAGCUUCCGGCAUGCGGCUCUCUUACACACACCACAAUUCUUGUUGGCCAGCGAAGCCACGAGUCCUGCCUUCUGUGGCAUGCUACUCAAGUUCUUGAUGAGCAAGCUCGAAGAGGUUGGAGAAGACAACAAUACCAAGACUUCUGUGUUAUUGCGGCUCUUCAAGCUUUCCUUCAUGGCAGUGACUUUGUUCAGCCAACACAACGAGAGUGUCCUACUUCCGCACGUCCGAGAACUGAUUACACGGUCCAUUGAGCUCUCCGUCACUGCAGCGCAACCCACAAACUACUUCUUGUUGCUGCGUAGUCUGUUUCGUAGCAUCGGAGGAGGUCGCUUCGAGCAUCUUUACAAGGAGAUUCUGCCUUUGCUCGAAAUGCUUCUCGAGGUACUCAAUACCCAGCUUGCGGCCGCUCCAGAUGGUACCACUCGGGACCUGUUCGUCGAGUUGUCUCUCACUGUUCCUGCGCGGCUCAGUCACCUUCUGCCCCAUCUUGGCUACUUGAUGCGGCCUUUGACAGUUGCGCUGCGUGCUGGAGACCCGCCUUCUCCCAGCCAACGUGCUUACUCGAAUGACAGGUCUUCCAACACCAAUCAGGGUUCAGGCUCUAGCGAGUUGACAGCACAAGGGCUGCGAACUUUGGAACUCUGCGUGGACAAUCUCACAGCAGAUUAUCUCGACCCGAUCAUGCAGCCGUGGAUGGAGGAGAUCAUGGGCAGCCUGUGGCGAAUGUUGAAGCCGGUGAGCUUGACUGGCGCCACCAUGGCUCACGGCGGUCAGAACCUUCCUGGGACUGGACAUCAUGGCGCACACACUGCUGUCCGAAUCUUGGGCAAGCUUGGCGGCAGGAACCGGAAGUUCUUGAAUAACCCUGCCGAGCUCGAAUGGAAGCCGUAUGCAGACGACGAGGCGAGCUAUGAUGUACGCUUCAUCGGCGCGAUUUCCAAUGGCGGCGAACGGGCCAUGCCAGCACGACUUGGUAUCCAAACAGCGAUCGACAAGCUUUCCGAGGUGCCAAAGACGCCGGCACAGAAGAAGUCUGAUGAGUAUCACAAGAGACAGUCUUUCAAAUUCAUCGCUUCCCACAUUAAGCUGUUAGUUGGCGCAGACAACUUACCCGACGACUUCACUCGUCUUGUCCGCCUCCAAGCUGAUGACCUUGCGGCGGGGAACUUCGACUUUGGCUCGGAUCUGUUCUCGGAAUCACAGCGGAACAAGUCAAGCACGAAGCGCGAUGCGCAACAAGAGACUCUGCUAAAACUCCUCAAGGCUUUGAUUUUUGCCACCAGCGUGGAGUAUCUGAAGGAAGAGGCAGAACGCUUCUUGCACAAUAUCUGCCGUCAUUUUGUAAUUGUCGACCUUGGUGUCGCUGUCGCGAGCGAGAAGCAUCGCGCGCGCCCAUUUGAUGCCCGCGCUGGUGAUGGCCCAGUCUUCAUUGAGACUGGCACACUAGCAGAUGCCAUCAGCCAGAGCUUGGCGUCAGACCAAAAGAUUGUGCGCGAGACUGCGGAAAAGGCUAUGCGCGAGUGUCUGACCAUAGCGACCACAAUCUGCGGCUCAGAGACGAAGGCCGAGUCUUUGCCCGUCUUCGCAAGACUGGCGGAAGCGUUCUGCCACGCAUGCUAUGAGGAAGAAUGGUUCACAAAGAACUCAGGCACGCUGGGCAUCACCAUUAUGACGGACCAGGAGAAGAUGAAGCUGUCCGAUUCGUGGGUCACAAACCGUCUUCCGGAGCUGCUCAAGGCUCUCCUUUUCGUGAUCAAAGAUAUGCCGCAAGACCUCCCUGCCAACGUCAGAGUCCAGGCUAAAGAUACCAUCAUUUCACUAGUCAAGCGCUUUGGUGCCAGUGGACUCGAGAGUAAACAGGAACUCGAGAAGAAGGACAGCCGACUGUACACACAUGCGAAACAUCUCAUCUCAGAGGUCAAUCACAUGAACCGACACGUACGAGAUGCAGCUCAACAGGCGUUGCGCGCCCUCGCGACCGCGUUCGGAAUGGAACACUACGAACUGGUGGCGCCAGUCAAAGAGUCGCUUACAUUCGGGGUAUUUCUGAAGCCUCUACGGGCAUUGCCUUUCACUGCACAGAUUGGGUAUAUCGAUGCCAUCAACUUCCUCCUCGAUGUACCUGCCGAUAAAGAGAUUCUUGCCUUUGAUGACAAUCUCAACAGAUUGAUUUUCGAGACCCUUGCUCUAGUUGACGCCGAAGACGAGAGCCUUGCGCCCAAGCCAUACGAGUACCGUACAGCAGAGAGUAUUGUGAGACUGAGGGUCGCUGGAUUGAAGCUUCUCGCGACGGCCAUCAAGUUACCUGGGUUUAGUGCAAACACGGCGACCACACAACAGACAGGUGGCACUCCACAGCCAAAUGCGCAACAACAGCAGCAGCCGGGCGGCCAGCAUCGCGCACGUGUUAUCAGUAUCUUCUUCAAAUCGCUGUACAGCAAGAACAAAGAUGUCGCCGGCGCCGCUAACGCUGGGCUCAAGAUUGUGCUGCAAUCAACAUCCAAGUUGCCCAAGGAUCUCCUUCAGAACGGGCUGCGUCCGAUUUUGAUGAACGUACAGGACCCAAGAAAGCUGUCAGUGGAAGGCUUGGAAGGCUUGCGAACUUUGCUUCAACUUCUGCACAACUACUUCAAAGUCGAAAUUGGCACGCGUCUGCUUGAUCACAUGGAGAAGAUUGCCGAUCCUCCAACGUUGCAGAAAGUGUCAUUCCAACUUAUCGAAGCUCAGCCCAAGAUGAAGGUUGUGACGGCCAUCUUCAGCGUUUUCCAUCUCCUACCCAGCCAAGCAGCCAUGUUCUUGCAAAACUUGGUUCAACGUGUGCUCGAUUUAGAGACAUCUCUGCGACGCACGAGAAGCAGUCCGUUCCGAGAACCGCUGAUCAAGUAUCUCAACCACUAUCCAGAAGAGUCUUGGGCAUUUUUCAAGGCGCUGAUGAAAGACGAGAAGCGUGGCCGCUUCUUCGCGCAGAUCCUGGCAGACCCUGAGAGUGGCCCGUUGCGUGAGAAAGUGAUCAAGGAGAUCGACGGGCUCGUUGCGACCUUUGAGGGCAUUACGGCUGCAGAUAUGGAUGCAGACAAAGCGCAGGCUGCAGUGAAUGCUAUCCAUGUUGCAGAUUCCAUCUGUCAGUUCGCAGAUCACGGAAAGCAAUUGACAUCGAACGAUGGUGCCCGCAAAGCAUUGCUCAACGCAGCCAAAGCACUGCAGGCACGAGCCAACCAAGGAAAUAUGUUCAAUAAUCUCCGUCUGGCAGUCAUGCAAACUGCAACAAGAACCAUGCAUCUGUUGAUUGUGCACUUGGAACAAAAGCCUGACGACCUGGACUGUCUUUUCGAUGCGUUCGAAUCUUGUGUCAAGGGCGAAUUCCAGGCAACUCCUAUGCUUAUUGCGCAUCUCUACAAGCACGUCAUCACCAGCGAUUCCGUGGACUUCCAAAGAACUGUGGUGCAGCGCUGCAUUGAGCUGUACACAUCGAAGGACACUACACAGAAGCUGAAGUGGUUCGUGUUCCACAACGUCGCCAAUCCGAUAUUGGCCAAUGACGUGAUGCGUAAUUGGGACAGCUUAUUCCACGAAGACAACAAGGGCACGCCGCUGCUGAACAAAGCGAUGGCUGAUGACAUCCACAGCCGGCUAUGGCGGCCGCAGUCAGUAAGCGAUAUCUCCGACGACAACACGCCAGGGGUAGACCACAGCCGGAUGGAGCUUUUGCAAACAUCCGCUUUCUUGGUCAAAUAUCAUCACCCUAUGCUCUCCGAUGCUCGCAAGGAUCUGAUCAAAUUCGGAUGGAACUACAUCCGUCUUGAGGACCACGUGAACAAGUACGCUGCUUACUGCCUUAUCGCCUACUUCAUCCACCACUACGAUACGCCACCGAAGAUAGCGAUGCAGGUGUACAAUUCACUACUACGUGCACACCAGGCGGAAGGCAGAAAUCUGGUCAUGCAAGCUCUGGAGAUCUUGGAGCCCGUUCUCAAGAAGCGUCUCGGCGGCGCGGAAGGCCGUAAUAGCAUUUGGGCUCGUCUUCCUCGCAAGAUCCUUAGCGAGGAGAUUGGCAACAUUCAGCAGUUGACGAGCAUUUACCAUUUCAUUGUCCGUCACCCGGAUCUGUUCUACGAUGCCCGGGAGCAAUUUGCACAGAUGAUCAUACAGUCGAUCGGCAAAGUGGCACAGCUACCAAGCCCAAGCGUGGAGAGCAGAAAGCUGGCCUUGAACUUGUUCAUGCUCAUUUGGCAGUGGGAAGAGCGGACGGUCCGGGAGAACGGCAGUCUGGCAGAGGGCGAUGCACCCAAGAAAGCUGCUGUUGCCAACGCCACACUUCGGUUCGCGUUCAUCAAGUACAUGGUGCAGUUUAUCGCGACUCUACCCGAGCGCUUCCCUGCUGCCCCACCGAAGAACAAAGAUCAGACGCCAUCAGCGCCAUCGCCAUCAUACCCGCCUCAUGAAACGGUGAUGAAGUCGCUCGACUUGCUCAGUAAGCUCUUGUCUGCGCCCUAUUGGGACGAUCUGGAUGUGGACGCAAUGUUCCCCAAGGUCACUGAACAGAUCCUCUGCACUGAUCACAAGACUGAUGAGAAGGUCGAAAUAUGGACAACGAGGGUGGUCAACACCAUUCAGGUGAUAAAGGUUCUACUCAACUCUCGCUCGGACGAGUGGGUCGUUGCACGAUUACCUCAGCUACAGAAGCUGCUUGCGAAGCCGCUGCGGAGCGAAAGUGCGGAGAUCCAGGAUGCACUGCACAAUACUGAGCUGGCUGAGCAUGUCUAUCCCAAGCUUGGACCGGUCUUGCAGCGACCUCUGGCGGUCAUUCCCAUCCAGCAGGUAGAGGAAGAGUUGCCUGAUGCAGACAGCCCAACAGAGGAAUUCACAACGUUCCUAGCCUCCCUUGCAGGCGAUGUGCUAAGCAACGGGAGCCACAUCGCAGGAAUCAAUGUCCUGUGGAUCAUGGCGCAACGUAAGCCUGAAGACAUCGAUGCGCACAGUGCUGCGUUGCUCAAGACGCUGCAGACCAAGCUGGCGAAAGAUCAUCUCGCGGCCCUGUACACUCCGCAGCAGGCUAUGCAACAAGGCCAACCCCAGCCACCGACAUCGCAGGAAGCCGAAAUCACUGUCAACAUGAUCAUCAAAGUCAUGGACAUGCUCUCCGCCCGGAUUAGUACUCUGGGCGAGAGCAGGCGCCCGUACCUCAGUGUGCUGGCCUCCCUCGUCGAGCGUAGCACGAACAACCCUCUGUGCGAGAAGAUCUUGUCUCAAGUGGAAAAUUGGGUCUUCAACCCCACGGAGCCUGUGCCAACAUUGAAGGAGAAGACUGCCGUGCUGCAAAAGAUGCUUCUCUUCGAGCAAAGACCUGACCAAACACUCUACACGAAGUUCAUGAACCUUGUGAUUCGUAUCUAUGAAGACCCCAAGAUCACCCGCUCAGAACUGGCUGUCAGAAUGGAGCACGCUUUCUUGAUCGGUUUACGAAGCAGUGAUGUUGACAUGCGCAAUCGUUUCGUCUCCAUCUACGACCGGGCAUUGUCACGAGCAACCAACAAUCGAUUCUUUAAGCUCAUCGGCGAACAGCAGUGGGAUGUCUUGGGUGAGAGCUUCUGGCUGAGUCAGGUCAUCCAGCUGAUGUUUGGCUCAUUCGACCAAAAUGCGAUACUGCACCUGCACGCGGACGACUUCCGCUGCAUGUCCGUUAGCAAAGUGUUCAGCACGUACACAGGUGAUGCACGACUGGGAGACGUCAUGGUAGAUGAAACCUUGGAGGAUCUUCUUGCGGAGGAAAAGAAAUUCGUCAACGAGAUAAGUGUUGUUCGGGCACGAGACAUCCUGGGGCCACUCUCCGAGAUCCAACACACAGACUGGUCUCUCGCUCACGACAUCUGGGUAGCAUACUUCAAAAUGUGCUGGUCCACGCUCUCGAAAGACGAUCGCGAGGACAUUGAGGCUGGCCUUGUGGCUCUUCUCACGAAGGACUUCCAUCAACGCCAAAUCGACCGACGGCCGAACUGCGUUGCUACUCUCUUGGAAGGCAUCGCUCUUGCGAGACCGCACGUGAAAUUCCCGCCACAUGUCAUGAAAUAUCUAGCCAAGAGUUAUGAUGCUUGGUAUGUUUCCUCCACCUACAUGGAACAGCUUGCCCUGAAGCCUGUGGUCGACACGCCGAACGUGCGAGAGAGCAACCUUGACGCACUCGUGGAGACCUAUGCUGGGCUUGAAGAGGGCGAUCUGUUCUACGGCACCUGGCGUCGGCGGGCUUCAUACGUCGAGACAAACGCGGCUCUUUCGUACGAGCAGAACGGUAUCUGGGACAAAGCACAAACAAUGUACGAGCAGGCACAGAUCAAGGCUAGGACUGGGUCCUUGCCAUACUCUCAAGGCGAGUACAUGCUGUGGGAGGACCAGUGGGUGCUAUGUGCGCAAAAGCUGCAGCAAUGGGACAUCUUGGGCGAAUUUGCUAAGCACGAGAACAUCAACGAUCUCUACCUUGAGUCCAUGUGGCGAAACUAUGAGGCUUGGAACAACUCGGACAAUCGCGAUCAGCUCGAGACGUACAUCAAGGCCGUUAGUGACGCGCCGACGCCUCGACGCAUGUUCUAUCAGGCGUUCAUCUCUCUGCUUAAGCUGCACAACACGGCCGAAACGCCUCAGGACUUUGCGAGGAUCUGCGACGAGAACAUUCAACUCAGCAUCAAGAACUGGCACAAGUUACCACGACGCAUCACGAAUGCUCACAUUGGACUCUUGCAGAACUUUCAACAGCUGGUCGAGCUGCAUGACGCAAGCGUCAUUUGUCAGAGCUUGGCACAAACCAACGCUUCGAAUCUGGACACCAAGAGUCAGGAGCUCAAAGUCCUCCUCAGUACAUGGCGCGAUCGGCUACCGAACUUGUGGGAUGAUAUCAAUGCCUGGCAGGACCUGGUCACUUGGCGUCAACACAUUUUCCAGCUCAUCAAUGGUACAUAUUUGAAUCUGCUGCCGCCGAAUAAUGGUGGGAACGCGACAGGCAAUAGCUAUGCCUAUCGAGGCUACCACGAGACAGCUUGGAUCAUCAAUCGCUUCGCACAUGUGGCUCGCAAGCAUCAGAUGCCAGAUGUCUGCAUCGCCCAGCUUAGUAAGAUCUACACGCUUCCCAAUAUUGAGAUCCAAGAGGCCUUUUUGAAGUUGCGUGAACAGGCGAAAUGCCACUAUCAGAAUCGAGCUGAGCUGUCAAAUGGAUUGGACGUGAUCAAUAACACCAACCUCAACUACUUCGGCCAACAGCAAAAGGCAGAAUUCUACACGCUCAAGGGUAUGUUCCUGAGCCGAUUGAAUCAAAAGGAAGAGGCGAGUGAUGCGUUCGGCACUGCGCUGUUCUUCGACAUAAAACUGCCGAAGGCUUGGGCAGAGUGGGGACGAUACUCGGACAAGCUGUUCAAAGAAGAUCCUACCAAUCUUGAGACUGGUUCGAACGCGCUCAGCUGCUACCUCGAGGCUGCCGGGCAGUACAAGAGCGCCAAGUCGAGGAAACUCCUUUCCAGGAUUCUGUGGCUGCUGAGUUUGGAUGAUGCUACCGGCCAGUUGAGUCAAAAGUUCCAUGACUACCAUGGUGAUCAUCCUUGGUGGUACUGGGUGACAUUCAUCCCGCAAUUGCUCAACAACUUGUCGAGAACUGAAAGCGAGGCUCACAUCGCUCAUCAGAUCUUGACAAAUCUGGCAAAGACGUAUCCGCAGGCGCUGCACUUCCAUCUGAGGACAAGUCAUGAAGAUAUGCAAGUCAUCAGGAAGAGUCAAUUGAUGAGGGAGCAGAAGGAGAAGGCAGCCAAGGCCAAGAAAGAUGCCGCAGGCGAUGCGGUCAAGACGGAAUCUCCAGCUCGUCCCGAGAGCUCUGGUACGCCUGCUGGAGCCAGUCGUCCAACGACCAGUGCAGGUGAUACUACGAUGACAGACGCCGACAAGAAGCAAGAGCCUGCGAAGAAAGAUGGCGAAGAGAAGAAGGACGAAGAGAAGAAGCCGAAGAAGCCUUGGGAGCAUACCGAAGCUCUGGUCAUUACAUUGCGCACCGCCUUCCCUCUGCUGUAUGCCUCAAUGGAGGCAAUGGUGGAGCAGAUGCAACGUCACUUCAAGUGUCCUCCAGACGAGGAUGCGUACCGACUUAUUGUUGCAUUGCUCAACGAUGCUCUCAGUUACGUCGGACGAUCACCGCAAUCCUUUACGCAAGAGCAGAGGUUACCGCCGCAGACUGAGGCAAACAUAACGAGAUUUGCCGAGAGUGUUCUGCCACCUCACAUCCGAAAGGCAUUCGAGGUUGACUUCGUGGCGAAGAAGCCGACAAUGUACGAGUAUGUGCAGAAGCUGCGCAGAUGGAGAGACAAGUUGGCCGAGCAACACGAUCGCAAAGCGUCAACCUUCCACCUGGCCCAGAACACGCUCUUGAGUGGUUUCCGUUUCGUCUGGUUCGAUGAAGUUGAGAUUCCAGGACAGUAUCUCCAACACAAGGAUAAGAACCAAGACUUCGUGCGAAUUGAGCGUUUCCUGCCGGUCGUCCACCUCGUGCGAGGCGUGCUUGCUUGUCAUCGGCGCUUGACGAUCCGAGGACACGAUGGCAGCCUUCAUCCAUUCUGCAUCCAGCACCCGGCACCACGCCAUAGCAGGCGUGAAGAGAGGAUCUUGCAAUUGUUCCGCAUCUUCAACACCACUCUGGCCAAGAAGAAGGAGAGCCGGCGGAGAAACUUGCAGUUCCAUCUUCCUCUCAUGGUUCCGCUUAGUCCACAGAUCCGCAUGAUUCAGGAUGAUGCGAGCUACAUCGCACUGCAGGGCAUUUGGGAAGAUCACUGUCGCCGAAACGAGGUCGAUAAAGAUGAGCCAAUCAUGUUCACGAUGGAGAAGAUGCGCACAGUGCCACAGCAGAAACACGAGCAAUGGCUGAACAUGCGAAUCGAAUCUUUGAACUAUGUUCAGGAUCGUUACGCCCCCAAGGAGCUGGUGCGUGACUACUUCGCCGCCACAUAUCCUUCCUACGACUCGUUCUGGCUUUUCCGGAGGCAAUUCUCAUACCAGCUGGCCGCACUCACCUAUAUCACGUUCACCAUGUUCAUGACGAUUCGGUAUCCCACCAAGCUGCAUAUCUCACGUGGCAGCGGCAAUAUUUGGGGAUCAGAGCUUCUGCCGUUCAUGCUGAGUCAGAGGCCCAUGCUGCACCAGCCAGAGCCCGUGCCAUUCCGAUUGACACCCAAUCUGCAAGUCCUGAUGGGUCCGAUCCACACCGAGGGCAUCUUUACGUGCGCGCUCAUGGCCAUUGCGAGAUGCUUGACGUCUGAUGCAACAGCCGCUGGCAACUCAGCUUCCUCAACCACAAAUGGCGCAUCAUCUUCGACCGAUGCCGCGGCUCCUGCUGCAGCCACUGCUACAACAGGCAUCACGAGCUCCGAACUCGAGCACCAUCUGAGCAUCUUCAUCCGCGACGAAAUCUCUUUCUGGUACAUGAGCAAUCGCCACACGGCCAAGGAGAACGAAAUGCGCGAGCACGUACAGAAGAACUCGGAGCUGGUUGUCAACAAGGCUGUGGCGAUUGCGAAGGAACCCACUGGGAACAACUUGCCUGCUAGUCAGAGUGUGUUAGAUUUGGUUGCCCGUGCCACGAACCCGGAGAAGCUGGCGCAGACGGAUCUAUUGUGGAUGGCGUGGUUGUAAAGGUGGGAAAAAAGGUUGGCGCUGGGAGUUCUGCAGGUGCGAGAAUAAUUUGGUGCGGUCAGCCAUGGCGAGGGCACGAAUUGUCGAUUAGCGCGGCGUUGGGGAUGAUGGUAUGAAAAUGAGAAAGUUGGUUUGAUGCUAGCGAGGAGUAACGAGAAGCGAGAGAUUGAAACAGUAGUAUGUAGAG